UUGAGGCGCAUUCUUCACUGAAAUUGAAAAAAAGGCAAAAUUAUUAAGAAAUUAUGGCAGUAACAGCAAACAGCAUGGAUCCAAAUUACAAACCAAACGCCUUUCGCAUCCCCGAUGAGUUUUGGGACGAAGUUCAAGCAAUGAUAGACGAGAUAGACAUCGCUUUCGACGAGGAAUUGAUAAAAUUGAAGCAGCAAGAAAGCGAGGAAAGCUCCUCCGUGAAGCCAGAAACGACAGAACCCAAAAUCCUCCCAACUGCAUAUUCCUCGGAUGAUUGUGAAAUUGUUGGAGUGACAAGAAUAAAAUCGAGAAGGAACAGUUCAAGCUACGAUUCGUCAGAUUCCGGCAGAAAAGAGCAUCGAAGUAGAAGAGAUCAGAAAAAAUCCAAGAAAAAACAUCGAAAUCGGUCGAGCAGUGGAUCAUUGGAACGAAUUAAGGAACAAUUGAGAAAGAAACUUAAGGAAAAUGAGCUUUUAGAUGAAAUUGAACGUCUUGAGGAAGAAAAACGAAGAAGACAGAGAUCCUCGUACGAUUCAAGAACGGAUUAUAAAGCUGUUCCAUCGACGUCGAAAGACACAAGUUAUAAAAUUCGAUCGAGAAGUCGAAGUAGAAGUUCCGAAAGAUUCAGAAGCGGCUCCAAAGAGCUUUCAACUUCAAGAAAUUCGAGUGAGGGUCAAUACGAGGUGCGUAUUUUAUAUCCAACACGUCGUUCUCCGAGUCCUUUCAGCAAAAGAUCUCGAAGCCCGUUCAGUAAACGUGUCUCAAAUAGUCCUAAACGUUAUUCAAGAAGUCCUUUUAGAAGACAAGACUCUCCAAAUCGAUCACGAGGUCGAAGUCGGAGUAUUUCUCCAUUCAAUAAAUCAACAAAAUUUGGUUCUUUCGACGAAAAAAGAAACGAAGAAAAGAAAAAGAAGCAAUCUCGUUGGUCAAAAGCAUCUCCAACUCCACAAAUUCCUCCUGUUACUGCCUCAAAAGCUGAUUCUGACGACGAAAAUUGGGACGAUCUCAUUCCAGCGAAGCCAAAAACCUCAGGAGCUGGUUACAAUAUCGAAGAAGUCAAAAAUGUUAAAAAGCCCGAUUUUGAUUUUGGAGCUGCUUUGUACGACAAUGAUGACAAAAAAGGAAAUUUCCGUGAAGGAAAAUUCGGAUAUAAAAAAGGCGGCGGAAAGUCAAAUCGCGUCAUUAGAAUCGACGACGAUGAAAAAGACGUCGUUAUGCUUCGACCUGAACAAAAACCUUUCAUGAAAAAAUCCAACGACAAAAAAUGGGAAGAAGUAAUGGCGAAAAAUUCUGUUCCUUCUCCAGCAGCGCCAAAAGUAACUUUGCCCGCUCCUCCGCCACCCCCAGCAUGUUUAGUUGAACGAAUUGAUCGAGCUCCAAGUGAAGAAGGCGAAUUAUCGUCGAAUAGCGAUGAGGAAUUGAAUCAACCAUUGCCUCCAGGAGUUGAACCAACAGAAUUCCUUCCUCCAAAACCGACAAUUCCUGAUGCUCCAAAGCCCGUUGAAAGCUUUCCUCCGCUUCCUGCUCCUCCUCUGCCGCCAUUUAGCAUCUUAAAUGACGAUUUACCACCCGGCGUUGACGAAAUUGAGCAAGAUACGGUAUUGCCGGUUGUGAAAAAAGCCUCCAAUGUUAAAAAAUUGAGGGAAAUAUUUGAAAAAUUUAUGCCUGAACGAGAUGAAGAUGAAUUCCUGCCUCCGCCAAUGGAAUUUAUUUCAACGAAACCAACUAACAAUGAAGUCAAAAACGUAAAUUUAGAAGAAACAUCACAAAAAAGUGAAAAAAUUGACGAAAAAACUGAAAAACCUUCCAUUACUGAUACGUCAGUACUUCCAGACACCACAGAAUCCAUUGAAAAAAUUCCCGAUGUUGAUCCUUCGAAACUUCUUUCGGAUGAAAUUAUCAAAGAGAAACAAGAUGUCGACGUAAUUUACUCUCGAAUCAAGGAAUCCAUCGAGAAAUCUGAACCUCCGCCUGCCGACAUCCGUUUUCUCAUCGAGGAAUAUCAACCGAUGGGAGUUUCAGCUUCGGGACUUCUUUAUCGCGAAGUUGACGGACAACAACUGACAAUUAUUCCUGAAUCGCUCAUCGAACAAGUUAUCAGCUCGUUGCAUGUGCUUGACAAUGAUAGUCAUUUGAACGAGAAAAUAACCGCCGAACGCUUGACAAAAAGAUAUUUUUGGCCUUUUAUGGCGGACACAGUUCGGGAUUUUGUUAAAAAUUGUUCAAAAUGCUCGCAGUAGAUUUAAGAUUUAAUAAGAAAAAAAUUGUUAAAAGUUUAAGAAAAAAAA